UAAAAAUCAUACCCAAAGGAUAUUUGGGAGAUUUACUGAAAUCAUAGACAAACAGACAAACCAUUUAUACAACAGAGUUAAAAAUGAAAGCAAACACUGCAGACAUUGAUAAUUAAAGUGAAAGCUUUCUGUUUUUCUGCAGUUAGUCUGCGGAUUCUGAAGCAAGCAGUCGACGUCAAUAAGCUGUAAAACUGAACAAACACACAACCUGACACCGAGCGACUGAAAAAGGUGAGGCUUUAUGGCAACAAAGGCAGCUGUAAGUCAGCUGUACUCGUUUAAAAAGAAAAGAUGACAGACAUAUUUGUAGGAAAUAAGGUUUUUGUUCUUGUCACUGGAAAAACAUUAAAUGUUGAUAAGAAAUUCAUGGAACAUCUUAAACAACAAAAACCAGAUCUGCAGGAGGUGAAAAAUGUAGCUGAGUGCGAUUAUGUUCUGGUUUUCUGUCCUAUUGUGUCACGAGCUGGAACCGACAUUGAAGCGGCAUUGAAAAAUCUUCAGGAUAUUGCAGGUUCCAAACCUGCUGUUCUAGUGAUGCUCCAUCACACGUUUGAUAAAGAUUAUGUUGUACCAGACAGCAGCAGAGCUGUAAAAAGAAAGAAUUUACUCACAGUAGACUGUCUGUUCUAUGAAGAUCAAGGAUUACUUCAGUGUACAAAAAAUGCUGAAUCACUGGGAAAAAUUCUAAGCAUUAUAAAACCCGAGGCGUCAUGGUGGAGUUAUUUCUGGUUCUCUUCUCCAGCUCGUAACCAAACAAAUAACAUGGAGAUUGGACCGUCCAAAACAGAAUCUGACAUGACUUCUGAAAUUCAAAAUGCCCCUCAGAUUAUCAGGAACAGUGACGUGCAAAAUGAACAAAAAGCCUCUGAUGGAACACUCGCUGCCAGUGCAGAUGACAUGGAAGAAGAACCAGAAAAGAUGACAGACAUCUUUUUAGGAAAUAAGCUUUUUGUUCUUGUCACUGGGAACACAUUAAAUGUUGAUAAGAAAUUCAUGGAACAUCUUAAACAACAAAAAACAGAUCUGCAGGAGGUGAAAAAUGUAGCUGAGUGCGAUUAUGUUCUGGUUUUCUGUCCUAUUGUGUCACGAGCUGGAACCGACAUUGAAGCGGCAUUGAAAAAUCUUCAGGAUAUUGCAGGUUCCAAACCUGCUGUUCUAGUGGUGCUCCAUCACACGUUUGAUAAAGAUUAUGUUGCACCAGACAGCAGCAGAGCUGUAAAAAGGAAGAAUUCACUCACAGUAGACUGUCUGUUCCAUGAAGAUCAAGGAUUACUUCAGUGUACAAAAAAUGAUGAAUCACUGGGAAAAAUUCUAAGCAUUAUAAAAGAGGGGUUAUGGUGGAAUUUUUCCUGGCCUUGGUCUUGGUGGACUUCAGAUGGCAGUAAGGACCAAAGCCAGAGUAAAGAUACAGAAACAAAUGAGAAAGAUUCUGUUCAGAGGAUUUUGGUAUUAGGGAGAAAUGACGCUUGGAAAAGUUCAUCAAAAACAAUCAUCCUAGGGAGAGAUGAGAUGAACCAGGCAUCUGUAGCUGAAUUCACUGCCACCCAGGAGAAUGAGAGCAUGGAGGAGGAGGUGGCUGGGAGAAAGGUGACUGUUGUGGAGACCCCUAACAUUUUCUCAGCUGAACUUGCUCAGGAGAAAAUUAGAAAGGAUGUGGAAGAAGCUAUCAAUCUGUCUAAGCCCGGACCCCAUGCCUUCCUCCUGAUAAUACCUGUAAAUCUUUCAGAAGACAACAAAGUUAUGGUACAGAAUUUAAAAGUUACUUUCUUAAAGAUGGAAGAGAUCUUUGGAGAGAGGUUCUGGAAACACACCAUGAUCAUAUUCAGUGUUAGUAAUGAAUAUCUGAAGAAGAAGAUUAUGGAGUUUAUCCAAUCAGGAGACCAGGAGGUCCAGACACUUGUACAGAAAUGUGAGUACAAGUAUGACUUUCUCACGACUAAGGACAAUGAAGUUGGUCCUCAGGACUUAAAGUAUCUGCUGGAGAAGAUAGAGAAGAUAAAAGAAGGUGAGGUAAAGGACUUCUACAGUAGUGAGGUUUAUCUGAAGACACUAGCUUCGAUUGGAGGGAGUGAGAAAAAGAUCAACAAUGAACUAGAGGAUGAAGAUGAUCCAGCGAAUGAACUGAUGAGAAACAUAGAAAAGAUCAAAGAAGAAACAAAAAGACAUGGAAAGGCAGAGCAAGAAGAGACCGAGCAAAGUCCAAAAGAACCAAAAAUUGUUGAAGAACUAAAGGGCAAGAUGGUGAUAUAGAAAGUGAAUGAAGAGUGCAUGGAGAGAGAAAGUCUGAAAUGAAGACUUUCCUGUCUGGAAUCUGGAGAGAUAUUUUGAAUUCUAGCAUGAAGAUGCAAGAAGAGAUUGAAAGAAAGCAUAGUCAGAUCAAGGAAGAUGAUAAAAUCUAUUGAGAAUUGCUUGACAAGUAUCUUUUUACUGACAAAUCUAAAAAUCCAGGAAUCCUCUUUUUCCUCCUUUUUCCUAUUCCGAUUAAUUGUAUUCCUUGUUUGCAAUUCUAAUUACCAAUAAUAACAAAUAGAUUGCAGUGUUAUAUGUAGUAGAUAAUGAGUAAUCAUUGUAUUUUACUGUCACUGUCAGAUGUUUUAUCUUUGCCUUGCACUAAAGCUCUAUAAAUUAGAAAGAGCUACCAGUUUAGCCCUGAAUACAUUACAUGAUAUUUCUCUUGUGAUAAGUCACUCUGUAUCUCAUUAUAUACCGCCUAUAAAUGCUUAUAAACACCUUAA